CACUGGGGGUGGGCUAUUUGGCGGCAACAAAUCCGGAGGCUUCGGCGGCUCAACGGGUACCGGGGGUGGAUUUGGUGCAAGUGGCGGCACCACCGGCGCCUUUGGAGGCAACACCACCUCGGGCUUCGGUUCUGGGACAGGUACGGCCUUCCAGCAGGCCAUUCCUCCCUCCGAUGGCACCGGCAGCACCCCGUUUAGUGCCUUCACGGAGAAGGAAGGCGGCAGCAGUACGGCUACCAACCACUAUCAAAGUAUUACCUUCAUGCAGCCGUACAGCAAGUAUUCCUUUGAAGAGCUGCGCUUAGGUGAUUACAACCAAGGCCGCAGAUUUGGAAAUGGCAGUGGACAAGCCGGCGCCUUUGGUACAUCGGCUUUCGGGGGAUCUGGGUUCGGGCAACAACAGUCGACUGGCUUUGGAAGCACCUCCUCGCCGUUUGGGGGAGGCACCAGUGCUGCUCCCUCCGGCUUUGGCCAGACCCAGACUGCGGGAGGCUUUGGAGCCAAUGCCAACACCAACUCUAAUCCCUUGUUCGGUGCGGCCAAGCCAGCAACCGGCGGCUUGUUUGGCAGUGGCACAGGAACCUCCGGCGCGUCCCAGCCGGGCCUGUUUGGCGGAACCACAUCAACUACGGGGGGAUUUGGAAGCGGCACCGGCACCGGCACCGGCGGCUUUGGAACGGGUGGCUCCCUGUUUGGCAACAACACUAACACCGCCAACACCGCCCAACAACAGCAGAAGCCUUUGUUUGGAGGCAGUGGUACCACCGGCACCGGCUUUGGCGGCGGCUUUGGUACGCAGAACACGAGUACUGCCUCUCCCUUCAGUGGUAGUGCUCCGACUUCAUCUCCCUUCGGCGGUCAACAGCAGACCCAGACUGGUACCGGCCUGUUCGGUGGAGGACUUGGCCAACAAAAUCAAGCCCAGAACCAGCAGCAGACCCAAAACAAGGGGUUGUUUGGUGGCUUUGGCACAAACACGCAGCAGCCGCAAACUGGGACCACGAGUCUCUUUGGGAAUACCGGUGCUGCUACUGGCACCGGCGCCGCCGGCUCUUCCCUCUUUGGCCAGAACAAUCAACAGCCCCAGCAGCAGGCGACUGGUGGAUCGUUGUUUGGAAACAACCAGCAGACCGGCACAAGCUCCCUUUUCGGUGGGGCCCAGCAACAGGGCCAGAAGAGCCUGUUUGGCGGCAGCACAACCGGCACUGGCACCGGCACUGGUACUGGUACCGGCGCAUUCGGUGGCUUUGGCAAUACCCAGAAUGCGCAGACGGGCGCCGGGGGCCUUUUUGGUGGUGCUCAGAACCAGCAGCAGCAGAAGCCAAGUCUUUUUGGCAGCACUGCCGGAGCUGGUGGCUCUCUUUUCGGAGGACAAAGUACCACCCCCCAGAACGCUGGCAGCUCCCUGUUCGGCAGCACAAACCAGCCACAGCAGACUGGAGGCCUUGGUACUUCUAGCCUCUUUGGCAACACCCAGCAAGCACAGCCCCAGCAGGCGCAGCAACCCCAGCAGCCGGCCCCUGGUAGCUUGCAGGCCUCCCUUCUGGACGGAAACCCCUAUGGAAACCAGUCUAUCUUCUCUGGUCUGCCGGCCCCGACUGCCUCGAGUCCUGGUCCAUUGGCGACGCCGCUCUCGUCUUCCACCAAGCAGAAACAGCGCACUCCGCUACCUGUUUAUAAGAUUACCCCCAAUGCGGCCAACCGCCUUCUUACCCCGCCCAAACGUCAAGGAUACGGAUUCUCUUACUCGACCUAUGGGUCGCCUUCUAGCUCUACUAGUACUCCUGGCGGAUUGGGCGGCAGCGUGUUGGGUGGAAGUUUGCGUGGCAGUGUUAACGGAAACCUUGGGCGUAGUAGCUUCAGCAAAAGCUUCUCCACCAGCAACCUGCGCAAGAGCUUCGAUCCUGAAUCCGAUAGUGUCUUGUCGCCUGGUGCACUUUCCUCUGGCACCUCCCGUCUUUCGAGCGGCAGCUUGAAGCGGUUAACCAUCGAUCGCAGCUUGAGGAAUGACCUAUUUGCUCGCCCAGCUAGUACCCCUGCUGCCCCUAUCACCAAUGGCGAAGAGGUUGUGCAACCCGUCGAUAAGAUGAAGAAGAAGGUCAGCUUUGAUUCGUCAUCGGAGCCUCCGGCCACUGGUGGAGAAAUUGUUCCGGUGCAGUCCCAGAGCUCUGAACCUACUUCGGAGGAAUUGGGUUUCCUGCGCUCCAUCCGCAAGAGCGGCACGAUCAAUGGCAUCAGUAGCGUCAAGACGACCGAGAGCCCUGCUCGCCCUGAGAUAGAGUCUGUGCGUGGCAACGAACUCGCCGCGGUUCCUGAGAAUGCGGAGCCGAGCGCAACCGCCGGUAGCCCCUCGCGUCUUCCUUUCGUUCCUGGCGGAGACCCGCAGCCAGGCGACUACUGGAUGAAGCCCACCCGCGCCGAGAUUAACAAGCUGCCCCGAGAGCAGCAGAAGAAGUAUGUUGGUUUUACCGUGGGUCGCCAGAGGUGUGGUAAGGUCACAUUCGAUGAGCCCGUGGAUCUGACCACUGUCGACCUGGACCGGAUUUUUGGCCACCUGGUAGACAUUGGCGUGCGCAAAAUCACCGUGUACCCGGAUGAAACCAUCAAGCCCCCGAUGGGCAAAGGCCUGAACGUUCCCUCUACCCUUAGCAUCGAGAACUCCUGGCCUCGGGGUCGGGACAAGAAAUCCCCCUCGCCACUCACGAGCGGCCCUCUGUUCGACAAGCACGUCGAUCGGUUGGUGAAGGUGCACAACACCGAGUUUGUCGCUUACGAAAAGGAGACGGGCACAUGGGUGUUCCGAGUACCCCAUUAUACCACCUAUGGUCUUGAUUAUGAUAGCGACGAAGAUGAAGAAGGUGAGAGCCUCAACCAAAGCACUUUGAGUGCUGCUCCUGACACCCCGACUCCGAAGGCUCAAACCCCUGCCAACGCCGACACGACCAUGGGCUCGGAGAUGAUGUCUGCCUUCUCCACUGACGACUCCUUCGUGGGUUCCAUGGCUGGCGUCGACGACGAUACCUUCGAUUUCAAAAAGCGUAAGAUUGUUCCGGGAGCAUUUGGCAACCAAAUCAUGGAGACGGUUGAAGACCAGCACUCGGUUUCUGGAGACGACGACGAGGAGUCUUUUUUAGGGGAAAGCUCCACGGGUUCGACUAUUGAACAAGACGGCGACGAUAUCACCGAAAGCCAGCACUCUGGCGAGUCAGUAGUUGGAUUGGAUGAGGGCGAGGAAAUGGACAUGGCGGGUACCUUUCCAGACCUUCACCAGACCGUGGAGCGCGAUGACACCCAAAGCACCGACACCUAUAUGGAGCUUACCCAGCCUUCCUUGAGGCCUUGGAACACGCCUUCCAAGCCUCGCCUUGAUCUGAGUGGGGACUGGGCCGAGCAUUUGCAACGCACCAUCAGUCCCCGGAAGCAAGACCGCGAUGCACUUCGCGAGAUCCAGGCCAUUGCCUUUACCGACCGGCCUCUUCAUGAGGACACCCCCAAGCAAACAGCCGCCGAUUCCCGGCAAAAGGGCUUUGCCACCAGCAUCGACCUGAUGAACUCUUUGUUCCAGCAACCGCGCAAACAACAGGCCCCAUCCCCGUUGAAGACACAAAGCGUGCGGCCUAAAGGUCUUGAGUGGCCUUACAACAAGCAGCCCAAGACUUUUGCUGGCGAGUCCAACGAGCUAAGCGCAGACGACCUUGCUUUCCAUCACUCGUUCAAACCCCGCUGGGGCCCAGUGAACUCUCUUCUCUGCAUGAAGAAUGACGUGGCAGACAUAUACUCGGGAGAUAGCCGUUGGCAGCAUAAGCUCUCGGUGACCGGCGAAGGAAGGGACAUCUCUCUGCUGGAGUUCAGCAAAACCGUAGAACCGAGUAACAUGCUGGACGCCCAAAGGAUGCAGUCAAUCGUUUCACGUGUCGACGGGGUGCCCUUUGCUCGUCUGGCCAAAGCCGAUUUCCGACAAUUUGCGCAGGCUUCGAGUCUGGUACAGUCCGACCACGAGCGCCUGCUUUGGCAGUUGGCCAACAUCCUGUUCAAUGACGAGAUCGAGGACGAUAUCUCUGCCGGGGUGCCACACCAGCUCCGCUCCAAAUAUCUCCAUCGGAUCAAGAAAGACCGUCUGAGCCGUCUUUGGGAGGGGAUUGUUCGUGAGAAGCAUGCGCAGGCUGUGGGAAAAAUCGGCUCGGCCGAGGAACGUGCCUUCUAUCUGUUGUGCUCGCAUCGGGUCGAGGAAGCUUGCAAGCUCCUUGUUGCCAGCCAGAAUUUCCACCUCGCCACCUUGGUCGCUCAGAUCGGGCGCGAUCCCACGACGCGCGCCGACAUGGCCCAGCAGAUCGAAAUGUGGCGGCAGAAUAACGUGUACUCGGAAAUGAGCGAGCCCGUCCGCGCGCUGUACGAACUGCUUGCCGGCAACGCCCUCCGCAGCGAAGGCAAAUCCACUGGUGCGCUCGAAGAUCGCGUGUCCACCUUCACUUUCUCUGAGCGAUUCGAGUUGGAUUGGUUCCAGGCUUUCGGCCUGCGUCUCUGGUAUAGCAUCACCGACGAUGAGCCGAUCGAAGCCGCUGUCUGCCAGUUUGUGGAUGACCUUUAUGAAGGGAACGAGCCGGCAUUCCCAAGCCCUCUCGACCAGGACAGCACUUUGGACCGUGAAUCCCCUCUAUGGGUCCUGCUGAAAGUAUACUCGACGACUAGAGGAGCUGUCCGGAGUGUCCAUCUCCAUGCGCAGGAGUUUCCGGCUGCUUUGCUGCCUGAGUCUGUUAGCGGGGAUAAGCUAACCAAUCGUCUAUCCUUCCAGUUGUGCCAACUUCUUGCCACGUCCAUUGGACGACAUGAUAGCUUCCAGCUCAACACUACGCAGCUGGAUCAGCUGGUGUGGGAUUAUGCUUGGGAGCUCAGCUGCGGUGGUAAAUUGGGCCGGACUCUCUUUGUCCUUCUCCACCUUUCACGCGCAUCCGAUCGCGAGCGUGCUAUAAAGGAGACUCUCGCUCGGUUUGCACCCCAGCUUCCGGAGUCGGUCACGUUGGAGGGGCAGACCAAUGUCAUGUGGAAUUAUCUCACUCAGGAUCUCCAGCUGCCGGAGAGCUGGGUCUGGGUGUCCAAGGCUCUUUAUGCUCGCGACACGGGUGAUACGGCGCGUGAAGUUGAUUACCUUGUCCGCGGCAAAAACUGGAACGAUGCACACGCCACGUUCUGUCGCAUCGUGGGGCCGACUGCCGUGAUCGAGGGUGACUAUGCCACGCUGGAGAUGCUGGUGUCGGGCUUUGGCGAGGAACCGGAGCGCAAAGUGCGAGGCUGGGCCACUGGCGGUGGCAUCUACGAAGACUUCCUGCGCCUAGCCACUGCCAAGGGCGGCAAGCGCGACGCGACUCGCCUUGCGCGGUUGGUGAGUGCGCUGGUGAAGAUGGCCGACAAGGUCAGUCAGGGAUCGGGCGUCGAAGGGCUUGAGGAGCGAGUGGCUUUCCGGGAGAUGAGUCGGGCGGUUGCCAGCUGGACUGGGCGGGAGGAUACCAAGGCAAUCGAACUAUCCAGCGUACUCAGCCUGCCUCUGACGGGCGAUGCACGCCUUGCGCAGACGGCGGAAAUGAGUCGGCGCUACUACAGUCUGGUUAUGGCCGGGGGCUACUGAGGUGGGUUGGUCGGUGGGAGACUCGGUGGGGAGCAAGCAGCAUGUGCUGAUUGCUGAAUAUUCUUUGACAUCUCGCUUUUUUUUGUGUCUAUGGGUUGACGGAACGACAUGCAGCCAUUAUGUAACUUAGAUCCUGUUCUCACUCCUCUGUUUUUUUUGUUUGUGCUGCUCAUUUCGAUUCUUGGAUGCAUCCUUCCUCAGGCUUGCGGGGGACGCGGAAGUCCGCGCGGAGUGUGUGUACUGUAUACGUUAGGUUUUUUCAUCGUGAACGGAAAGUAAUUGAGC